UGUUUAUUUUGUAUCAAUAAUUUUUUUUCUGUUUAAUUUCCUCAAGGGUUUAAUUAAUUCUUAAAAACUUUAUUCUCCUUCUUGUUACGUAAUUUAUACUAUAAUAAAGUUUUACUAGUAUGCUAGUUAUUUAUUCGUGAUGCCUUUUGAUUGAACUAAAUAUCCUAUUCAGAGGAUGAUUACUCUUUUAAUAGAGAUCUAUCUUUUUGUAAAUGUUUGCUAUUAGAAAUGGCAAAUGCAUAUUGGCCUCAAACAUCAACUAACUUUAUAGCUUCAGAAAUCGAGAAGACAGAUGUUUAUCGAAAGCUCUUAAUGAGUCUUCAGGAACUUAUUUUGGAUCCUGAAAUAUCCAGUGAUGUUUUAGAAGAUCAUAUGAGAAAACUUAUUUUAGAUUCAGGUUAUAAACAAAAAUUGCGUAAUUUAGUUUAUCAACAUAUUGUAAAAAAUCCUAGUCUGCGUUCUAAGGUGCCUCAAAAGAAAGAACCACUUGAAUAUAUCAAGAAAGCACAAGAAAAUUGGGAGCAUAGGAUUACUAAAAGCCUUAAUAAUAUGUCCAAUGAGCUAAGCAUGGUCUUUUCUCGAAAGCGUCCAGUUUCUGAACAGAUUGAGUUUGAAGCUAAGUGGUCCGAACUUGGGUCAGAAGACAUGGAUUUAAGCAGAUUUCGUCCUGUGUAUUCUCCUAAAGAUUUUCUAGAGGUUUUAACAAAUGUAAAGUGUCCAAAUGUAUCUGCCAAUACUCCAGAUCCAGGACCAUCUACAUAUUGGGGCCUUAUAAAAGUUCCUUUGAAUGUAAAAAGUUUUUACCAAUUACGUUUGCAAUUUGAAGAGUUAUCAGGUAAUAUUGAUCAUCUAGGUCUUAACAUUUUGCCUUUUUCAAAUUCUGAUUAUUCCAAGAAAUGUUUGAAAGAUAGAGUUGCUCUAGGAAAGCGUGUUCUUGAAGCAAAUCAUGUUGCAGUUGCUCGUGAAUAUUGCAAAAAAGGAUGCCCUGAUACUUUAAGAGCUGCUCUGUGGUCACUCAUUUUGGGUGUAGACAUAUCUGGUGCUCAUAAACUUAACUUCAAGCAUUUGAAGUCUUGCGUAUUUCAGCAUGAUCUAUUGAUUGAUAAAUUAAUUUUUAAGGACAUACACUUGACAGCCUCUAACGAUGAUCAAUACUUUGUGUUUGAAGACCUCUUGUAUCAAAUACUCCUUGUGUUUUCUCGAGACACAUCUGUUCAAUCACAUUUUGAAAUUAGCUCGGCUAAUCCAGUGAAAGGAAACUUGCGAGGUACACACACUAAUGUUGUCUAUCCUCCUAAUGGUGUGAUUCCCUUUCAUGGAUUUUCCAUGUAUGUUGCUCCUCUUUGUUAUAUCUAUGAAGAUCCCAUAACCCUUUACCACAUAUUCCGUGAACUUUAUGUGCGGUAUUUCUUUCGGCUGCAUAACCUCUCCUCUCACCCUCAGGGUGUUUUGUCACUUGCGCUGUCCUUUGAAACUUUGCUUGAUGAGGUGGAACCUCAAUUGGCUUACCAUUUCUCUGUUCAUGACAUUUAUCCUUUGAAAAUAGCUGUAAAAUGGAUUAUUAAGGCUUUUUCGGGGUGUCUUGCUACUGACCAGAUUUUGCAGUUGUGGGAUUGUAUGUUGGCUUAUGAUUCAACUGAAAUAAUUGUUGUUUUAGCUGUUGGUAUAAUGUCUCUAAGGAAGUCUAUUUUAUUACAAGCUGAGAAUCAAGCAACAGUGGAGAAUAUUCUCGCAGAUAUAUCUGCUGUUAAAGUUAUUCCCAUUCUUCAUGGAAUGUUAAACAACAGCCACCAUCACUCUAGUUACGUUUACAGUGCUGCUUCAUCACGAUGAGUUUGAUUUGAGAGAUACAAAUAUAUUGUAUUUUCUCAAUGCUUACAGUGUCUUUCUGCUUAUACUUAAUUUAUUUUUAUAAAUAAUAAACUAUAUUUUUAGCUUCGA